UCCCCCCUCCCCACCCCACCGGCGAUGACAGCCGGCGGCCCCGGAGCGUGAGCCCGGGGGGCUCCCCCGGGCAAAGUUGUGGGCGGGGGCGCUUGCCCCCCGCCGGCGGCGCGCGCCCAUGCCUCAGAGCGGCGGCGGGCCCCUGCAGGACUGCGAGUACAGUCAGAUCAGCACGCACAGCUCCUCCCCCAUGGAGUCGCCCCGCCAGAAGAAGAGGACCGCGGCCCGGAGGAAAUGGGAGGUCUUCCCCGGGAGGAACAAGUUCUUCUGCAACGGGCGCAUCAUGAUGGCCCGGCAGACGGGCGUCUUCUACCUGACGCUCGUGCUCAUCCUCGUCACCAGCGGGCUCUUCUUCGCCUUCGACUGCCCAUACCUCGCGGUGAAGAUCACCCCGGCCAUCCCCGUGGUGGGCGGCAUCCUGUUCUUCUUCGUCAUGGGGACCCUGCUCCGCACCAGCUUCAGUGACCCCGGGGUCCUGCCACGAGCCACGCCCGAUGAAGCUGCCGACCUGGAACGGCAAAUAGAUGUCGCAAAUGGCACCAGUUCAGGGGGGUACCGCCCGCCCCCCAGAACCAAAGAAGUCAUCAUCAACGGCCAGACCGUGAAACUCAAAUACUGUUUCACCUGCAAGAUUUUCCGGCCCCCUCGUGCCUCUCACUGUAGCCUUUGUGAUAACUGCGUAGAACGGUUUGAUCACCACUGUCCCUGGGUAGGCAACUGUGUGGGGAAAAGGAACUACAGAUUUUUUUAUAUGUUUAUUUUAUCUCUGUCUUUUCUGACAGUCUUUAUAUUCGCGUUCGUUAUCACCCACGUCAUCCUUCGCUCUCAGCAAACCGGGUUCCUGACGGCGCUGAAGGACAGUCCUGCCAGCGUGCUGGAGGCCGUCGUGUGUUUCUUCUCCGUGUGGUCCAUCGUGGGGCUGUCGGGCUUCCACACCUACCUGAUCAGCUCCAACCAGACCACCAACGAGGACAUCAAAGGCUCCUGGUCAAAUAAACGAGGGAAAGAGAACUACAACCCCUACAGCUACGGGAACAUCUUCACCAACUGCUGCGUGGCCCUGUGUGGGCCCGUCUCUCCCAGCCUCAUCGACCGAAGAGGGUACAUCCAGCCCGACACACCACAGCCGGCCGCGCCGUCCAACGGGAUGCUGGCCUACGGGGCCACCCAGUCGCAGAGUGACAUGUGUGACCAAGACCAGUGCAUUCAGAGCACCAAAUUCAUGUUGCAGGCAGCGGCCACCCCCCUGCUGCAGAGCGAGCCCAGUCUGUCCAGUGAUGAGCUGCACCUGUCGUCGGGGAAGCCGGGCCUGGGCACGCCAUGCACCAGCCUAACACUGGGCCCGCCCACGCCACCCUCCUCCAUGCCCAGCCUCAGCGCAGAUGCCGUGCUGGCGGACUUGCUGCCACUGCAGAAAGAGCCGCUGAGCCACCUCCUGACGCCCGACGAGGUGCCGUCACCAUCGCGGCUGCUGGGGGGCAGCCCCCUGGCACAUAGCCACACGCUGCACGGGCUGGGCCCGGCCGGCCAGGACUCCCUGCAUGAGGACUCGGUGCGCGGGUUGGUGAAGCUCAGCUCCGUGUGACGGCGACAACAGACAGCCCGGCGCUGGCCUCGGGGACAUCCCGGACCACCCCGCGAGGGCUAGAGCUGCAGGAUUGAGCCGUGGGCUCGCCAGAGUCUCCCCGCCCUGAGCACUUGGGCCGUGCAGAUUUCUGGGCUGUUUGGAAGAGGAAGGAUGGGCUGGGCUGCUGGGCCUGGGGACAGUGGACACGGGCCUGCUGGCUAGGACACUGACUGCACCGGUAUUAACUGGCUGCCUGCUAAAUGAUGCCCAGAACAGACCUGCUGACCCCUCUCAGCUGACGCCCCAGUAGCAGUGCCUAGGCCGGGUGGGGGUCUGGGCCGCGCCCACCCCUGGCCUUUGUGCAGAUCCCAGGAAGCUCUGCUUCUCUCUCUCCGGGUGUCUUCCUGUGUUCCUGGCUUGGAUUUCGUGACUUUUCCAGCACUGAUUCCUGGUGGGAGGGCAGUGCCCUGCCUGGCCCUGGCGUCCAGCGCACUGACCCUGGGGCUGCUAGCUCUGUCCCACCGGUUGGGUCUCUGAGGAGCUGUGCAGAGCCUCCCUGGCCUCCUCCUUCUCUCCUGGCUCCUGGG